UUCACAGCGCCCGCCACCCUCAGGGACGCCGCUGCCGCUCAGCCACGCUGAGGGACUUCGCGCCGCCCACAAGCAGCCGUUAAUCACCAAAGGCUGCAGCUCGAGUCUCGCGAUAAUCUCGCCGAUCGCGCGAAGCACGCGCCACAAUCUCGCGGGAGGUUGGCGCGGGCCAGCGGCGCGGGGCCGAAGCGGGGCGGGCCGGGCCGUGAGGUACCGCAGCAAGAUGCCGAGCGCCGCAGGUCGUGGCCAGGGCAAGGACCGCCGCCCGGACAACGAAGAGCAGCCGGCGGCCGACGAUUAUGCGAAAGAAAGAUAUGGAGUGUCAUCAAUGAUACAAUCCCAAGAGAAACCAGAUCGUGUUUUAGUUCGAAUAAAAGACCUGUCAGAGGAGAAGGCUGAUGAGGUGGUUUGGGUUCGUGGCAGAGUUCAUACAAGCAGAGCUAAAGGGAAGCAGUGUUUCUUAGUCCUGCGUCAGCAGCAGUUUAAUAUCCAGGCUCUUGUGGCUGUGGGACAGCAUGCAAGCAAGCAGAUGGUAAAGUUUGCUGCCAACAUCAACAAAGAGAGCAUUGUGGAUGUAGAAGGCGUUGUGAGGAAAGCACAUCAGAAAAUCGGAGGUUGUACUCAGCAAGAUGUUGAGCUGCAUGUUCAAAGGAUCUAUGUGAUCAGUUUAGCUGAACCCCGACUCCCUUUACAGCUGGAUGAUGCUGUUCGGCCAGAAGUGGAAGGCGAGGAGGAUGGAAGAGCUACUGUAAACCAAGAUACAAGACUGGACAACAGAGUGAUUGAUCUGAGGACUUCCACCAGUCAAGCAGUCUUCUGUCUUCAGUCUGGUAUUUGUCAGCUUUUUAGAGAAACUCUCAUUCGCAAGGGAUUUGUGGAAAUUCAGACCCCCAAAAUCAUUUCAGCUGCCAGCGAAGGAGGAGCCAAUGUGUUUACUGUAUCAUACUUCAAAAGCAGCGCCUACCUGGCUCAAUCCCCACAGCUGUACAAGCAGAUGUGUAUAUGUGCUGACUUUGAGAAAGUUUUUUGUGUUGGACCAGUUUUUAGAGCUGAGGACUCCAAUACACAUAGACACCUGACUGAGUUUGUUGGUCUGGAUAUUGAAAUGGCUUUUAACUACCACUAUCAUGAAGUGGUAGAUGAGAUUGCAGACACCUUGGUGCAGAUAUUCAAGGGACUUCAGGAGAGAUUCCAAACUGAAAUUCAGACGGUGAACAAACAGUUCCCAUGUGAGCCAUUUAAGUUUUUGGAGCCAACUCUGAGGCUGGAAUACUGCGAAGCUGUGGCCAUGCUUAGGGAGGCAGGCGUUGAGAUGGGGGAUGAAGAAGAUCUGAGCACACCUAAUGAAAAGCUCCUGGGACGUCUGGUAAAGGAAAAGUAUGACACAGACUUCUAUAUUCUAGACAAAUACCCUCUUGCUGUGAGGCCUUUUUAUACAAUGCCAGACCCUGUAAAUCCUAAAAACUCAAACUCCUAUGAUAUGUUCAUGAGAGGGGAAGAGAUUUUGUCUGGAGCUCAGAGAAUUCAUGAUCCUCAGCUGCUGACAGAAAGAGCCAAGCAUCAUGGCAUUGAUUUGGAGAAAAUAAAGGCUUAUAUCGAUUCCUUUCGAUUUGGUGCACCUCCACAUGCUGGUGGUGGAAUAGGGCUGGAAAGAGUAACUAUGCUAUACCUAGGGCUGCAUAAUGUUCGCCAGACCUCCAUGUUCCCACGGGAUCCCAAACGACUGACACCCUAACAUGACCUGUUCAUGAAAGCGUGAGGUGAUUUGCCCUCAAGUGGGAUAGGAUUGUGAGCAUAUCUGUUGCUGGUGAUGAGCGUGUAUUGAUCUAAGCAUUGUAAUAUGCAAUAAAAGAAGAUGAUCUGAUUACUGAAGUGCCACAAACAUUUUUUUUUAUCCUGUAGGUAUUUAUUUAAGAGCUAUUAUUUUAACAGAGCAAGACUCUUUGUACUGGCAGCUGCACAUUUUUAACAAAUUCGAAUUAGUAUUCUAAUGUCAUUAAAUUGUAUCGUAUUUCUAAGCAUUUAAAUAAAUUGUGCAAUAAAUAUUGUGCACUUUUAACUUAUGUCAGCAAGAUUGAAUAUUCUGGACUACAGAAUUGGCUCAAAGCUGAAAUAACAGGAUGCUCGCAAUUCAAAAAGCAGGAGAGAAACCAACCCAGUUGUUAAUUUACUUGCGUGAAACUGUAGCAGGUGAGAAGGAGAAUAUUCUUAAUUAAAAGUCGUAAUGGAUUCCAAUAAAAUUCUCUAAGCAAACUA